UAACAAACAAAAACACAAUUUCCCACAAUCCACGUGGGCGUGACGUAGGCAGGAACUGCCCCCGGAUCCGCAGCUGAGUUUUGUUAGGUCCUCAUCAGAGGCCGAGGGACAGACUGUGUGUGUGUGGGACUGUGAAGACUGGCGUUGAGGUCAGCUCCUGCAGCACAGUCGUUAAAAUGGUGCCUGUCCAUGCUGCCUGUGCUUUGUUAAGCCUCGCACCCUUGUUAGUGCUCAGUGUUCCUCCCAUCUGGACCCAGCCGGAGCAGGUGCACCUCUCUUAUCCAGGAGUGCCAGGUUCCAUGGUCGUGACCUGGACCACCUUCAAUAAGACGGAGAGCAAAGUGGAGUACGGCCUUCUGGGGGGUCGGCUCUUUGAGAUGAGCGCCAAGGGUGACGCCACUCUGUUUGUGGACUCGGGAGAGGAGAAGAGGAAGAUGUUUAUCCACAGAGUUGCUCUCACAGGCCUCAAACCGGCUGCUUCGUAUGCGUACCACUGUGGGAGUGACGUGGGCUGGAGCGAUGUGUUCUUCUUCACUGCCCUGAACGACAGCACCAGUUUCAGUCCCAGGAUUGCUCUGUACGGAGACCUGGGCAACGAGAACCCACAGUCUCUGGCUCGGCUGCAAAAGGAGACGCAGCUUGGCAUGUAUGAUGUCAUCCUGCACAUAGGGGACUUUGCCUACGAUAUGCAUGAGGACAAUGCCAGGAUUGGUGAUGAGUUCAUGAGGCAGAUCCAGUCCAUUGCAGCCUACGUGCCCUACAUGACCUGUCCAGGCAACCAUGAGGCCACAUACAACUUCUCAAACUACAGGAAUCGCUUCAGCAUGCCGGGCAAAACUGAGAGCCUGUGGUACAGCUGGAACCUGGGGUCAGCGCACAUCAUCUCUCUCUCCACCGAGGUUUAUUUCUACCUCGAGUUCGGCCUGGAGCUCCUCUUCGAGCAGUAUGAGUGGCUGAGGAAAGACCUGGAGGAGGCCAACAAGCCAGAGAACCGAGCAGUGCGACCAUGGAUCAUCACAAUGGGACACAGGCCCAUGUACUGCUCCGAUGACGACCAGGACGACUGCACCACGUUUGACUCCAAAGUCCGACUGGGACGGAACGAAACCAAACCUCCAGCUCCCGGUCUAGAGGAUCUAUUUUACCGCUAUGGAGUGGAUUUGGAGUUGUGGGCGCAUGAGCACACGUAUGAGAGGCUUUGGCCUGUGUACGGUGACAAGGUGUGCAAUGGAAGCAAAGAGCAGCCUUAUGUGAACCCAAAAGCUCCUGUACACAUUAUCACAGGCUCUGCUGGCUGCAGAGAGAGGACUGACAAGUUCAAUCCAAACCCCAAAGACUGGAGCGCCUUCCGCAGCACAGACUACGGCUACACCCGCAUGCAAGUGGUCAACGCCAGCCAUCUUUACUUGGAGCAGGUGUCUGAUGACCAGUAUGGCAAGGUGAUUGACAGCAUAUGGGUGGUGAAGGAUAAGCAUGGCUUCUCUGCCUGGUUCUGAGGACUGCCAUCCUUUCAAAAAUACUGCUCAGGAAUGCACUUUAAACUUAAAACAAGCACAUUUUCAAUCAUGCACCGAUGAUAUAAACUACCCAAGUUACCAUCCUGGCCACUCGGCCUUUAAAAUUAAGAAGUUGUGAAUCACUCAUUUAAUCUCAAACUCUUUUCCGCUUUGGUUAGUCCAAUGAGAUAACCUCUUUAUAAUGAUCACCUACUGUGAAUGUAUAUAAUGUAGCUAUGAUUUUGCUGUGAGGUGCUCUGCUCCACAAUGUUUUGUAAAGGGCAUCAAAAACUGUUUCAUUUUUUUAAUAAAUUCAGCUUUUUACUCGGA